AUUCCAAACGUCAUACAGAAGGGCGUGAUACUCGAGAUAAAAAAUCUCACGUUGCUGGAAAUAAACAAGCACAAAAUAAUGAGCACACAGCCAUCAUAAACAUAAUAUUGUUGUCAGAUUAAUCCCCACUUAUCACGUUCACGCGCGCUCUCCAGAGGCACAGCGUUGCCUCCUUCGCCCUCGUCUUGCUUUCUGCUCGCAAUCUCCCCAGAAGAAUCCGUGAGGGGACAGACGGGUGCGCAACAGCGGGGUCUGAACGGUGUGAUACCGCGCGCGAGCGGAGAGAACCAGCAAUCAGCGGAGCGAGGCAGAAUAAUGAUCCCGAGCCCAGAGGAGAAACCCGCAGCGAUGAAUAAAUAAACAGGGCGGUUGUAAAACCCCGCUCGGAUCGGCCAGUCGUGACCACGGGAGACUACGCAUGUAAGAUCGUUUCACGUCAGUUAAAGCCAGCGCAUGAGAAGACCUCCAGCCGCACAGUCGCUCUCAGAAUGCGGGCGUGAGAAGAAGAAACAUAGGCUACUACGACGGGGGAAUUAAAGUGCAACGGCGGGCGAGUGAACGUCUUGAGUGCCAGAGGGGGUGUGUGCGUCUGCAGGACACCAGCAUGUCGAACCGAAAGCACCGGGACAACCAGGAGAUAUGCGCCCGCAAGGUCCGAGAGCUCGCGCAGACGGGAGUGAACAAGCACUGCUUCGAGUGCAGUCAGCCCGGGGUGACUUACAUCGACAUCACCGUGGGCUGCUUCGUGUGCACGUCAUGCUCCGGAAUGCUGAGAGGGCUCAACCCACCCCACAGAGUCAAGUCUAUUUCCAUGACAACCUUCUCCCAACAGGAAGUGGAGUUUUUGCAAAAUCAUGGCAAUGAGGUUGGAAGGAGGACCUGGCUCUGCAUAUUUGACCCCAAAACAGACGGCUGUUUUGAUGCACGUGACACACGGAAGCUGAAAGAGUUCUUGCAGGACAAAUAUGAGAGAAAGAAAUGGCAUUAUUCUAAGAGUAAGAUCCGCAGGGAUGUCAAUGAGUCACCGUGGGCUCCAGGGGUUCAGGCUGUUCCAGCUCCACACGGCCCUGCUCAGAAUCAGCCUCCGCCUGGACAUCCUCUGAACCCCGCGGCCCGGCCCACCCGCACACUGUCCCAGUCCCAGUUGUCAAUAUGGGACAGAGCUCCUGCUGUCUCCCCAGCUGACAGCCGUACUGAGGUGUUCACUGCCAGGCCAACUCGCUCACAGAGCUUCAGAGAUCAUCCCAUUAAAGACACAUUGUUAAGUGGUGUGGAGAGACAGAGGCCAGGAACAAUUUCUUCUGGAAUGGGACACCAGAAUCAUCCCUCCUCCUUUCCAGCCCUACCACGUCCUUCAGCAAGUAGCACUUUCAAAAACAGCUUUACUUUAGGUCGCACUCUGUCAACUGGGGGUGGAGCUCCAUUUAGAGCCUUCCCUAAAUCGCUGAGUUUGGAUUUUGGGGGUCUAAGCCACGCCCACAACACUAUAAGUACUGCUGCUCCGCCCCCUGUCACUCAGGAUAAGUAUUCAGCCUUAUCACAGCUUCAUAAAGUGUUCUCAGACAACACACCUGUCACAGCCAUUACAACAGCUCCCUCUGAUGGACCCCCUCAGUAUAGCACCCUCUUUAGUAACCGACUAUCCUCCAGUUCAACCCCUGCAAGCUCCCCAGGUGUUCCAGAGGCCACUUCUGGAUCUCAAACGUUUGCAAAUUUCCCAAACCCCUUUAAUUCAACAGCCAGUUGCGCCCAGCCAGUUCUGUCUCCCAGUAACCCCUUCAAAAGCACAGCCUCAGAUGUUGUCUCCUUUCCUGCACCCACCACACAAAGUGCUUUUUCACACCAACAGUCUAGUAACCAAGAAGCAAACGGUUUCAACUCAUUUCCUCCCCCGGACUCUGUCCCUAAAGUCCCACGACCAAUGUCUGUCAACCCUUUUACUGGGAAUGUUUACCCGAGUAGAGGAGCAUCACUGAACCCUUUCAUCUGAAGCACCCCGGCCGUGGAGAAAGAAGAGAGCGAGUGGAGCUUGUUUACUUUGCCAUACCUACAGAAAACCACCAACACUUCUGUGUGUGUCUUCAUGUGUGUGUGUGUGUGUUAGCAGAUAUUGUCCAUGUAACUAUUUGUACACACUUUGUUGUGUGUGAGCGAGUGUGUGUGUUUGUAUGUGCCCUUUUGUACCAGAUGCUAUAAAUUAAGCUUUGUGAGUGUGUGCGCAUGUGUGUGUUUGUGUGUACAUUAUGUGUGGAUUUUGCCUAAUAUCAGAGGAAUUUUUCUGAUAAUAGGAGAACUUCAGUUGAAAGGUGCUUAUGAGAGCCGUUAACACUCACAAACACACACACAAGCUGCUGCUUUGACCUUUCCAGAACUUCUUGUGCCAGUAUCACCCUAACCUGAGUGCCCACGUACUUCCCUCAGUCACUGAGGUCGACACAUUACAGUAAAAUAUUAGCUUCAGAUCAUCUCAGUAAUGCAUUUCUCCUCAGUGCUGAUUUGGUUUAAAUGAUUCAAAGGCAUGUGAAAAAGACGGCAUAAACAAAACAGGCAUUUCCUUCACUUUUCUGUCUGUUUAUGUAUGCCGGGCUUGUUUCUAUUUAUUUUGACGUCGAGUAAUUGUGUGUGCAUUGUCAAACUGCAUGCGCUUCUCAAGCUGAGCAGGAAGCUGCUGAAUGUACUGCAGUUUCAGUUUUUAUGAGGGAAAAAAAGUUUCUUGUAUGGACCAAAAAUUGUCUAUAUAGAAAUAUAGAAUGUCUUUGUAUCGAGUUGUAUCCAUGCAUAAAGCUAUCCAUAACUGUUGUGUCAAUGUGUAUUGUCUGUGUGAUGCAAAUCAAACGGAAUUUGCUGCUUUUGGAAUUUCAUGCAAUAUCUUUUUAUGACAGCAUCAUUUAUAUUUUUCUGUGAAGAUCAUUAUUGCAUUUCGAAUGUAUUUGCACUCUAUGGUCAUUAGGGCUUUCAACUGAAAAUUAAAAUGAAUAGUAUAAAUUUCA